CCCGCCUCCUGGUAUGAGGGAGCUUCCGCUUCCGGUAGCGCGGAGGCUGCAGCCUCGCUCUGGUCCCUGCGGCUGGCGGCCGAGCCGUGUGUCUCCUCCUCCGCCGCCGCCAUAUUGUCUGUGUGAAGAGAGGGGAGAGCGGCCGCUGCCGCUGCCGCUUCCACCACAGUUUGAAGAAAACAGGUCUGGAACAAGGUCUUAUCCCCGGCUGCCUCUGAACAGUGGGACUGCCAGAUCUUCAGACAUCAAAUUCAGCUUUGUCUGCCAAUCUGUCUGACAUGUCGGGACCCGUGCCAAGCAGGGCCAGAGUUUACACAGAUGUUAAUACGCACAGACCCCGAGAGUACUGGGAUUACGAGUCACAUGUGGUGGAAUGGGGCAAUCAAGAUGACUACCAGCUUGUUCGAAAAUUAGGCAGAGGUAAAUACAGUGAAGUAUUUGAAGCUAUCAACAUCACAAAUAAUGAAAAGGUUGUUGUUAAAAUUCUCAAGCCAGUAAAAAAGAAGAAAAUUAAGCGUGAAAUAAAAAUUUUGGAGAAUUUGCGAGGUGGUCCCAACAUCAUUACCCUGGCAGACAUUGUAAAAGACCCUGUGUCACGAACCCCUGCCUUGGUUUUUGAACACGUAAACAACACAGACUUCAAGCAAUUGUACCAGACACUAACAGACUAUGAUAUUCGAUUUUAUAUGUAUGAAAUUCUGAAGGCCCUGGAUUAUUGUCAUAGCAUGGGAAUUAUGCACAGAGAUGUGAAGCCCCAUAAUGUCAUGAUUGAUCAUGAGCACAGAAAGCUACGGCUAAUAGAUUGGGGUUUGGCUGAGUUUUACCAUCCUGGCCAAGAAUAUAAUGUCCGAGUUGCUUCUCGAUACUUCAAAGGUCCUGAGCUACUUGUAGACUAUCAGAUGUAUGAUUAUAGUUUGGAUAUGUGGAGCUUGGGUUGUAUGCUGGCAAGUAUGAUCUUCCGGAAGGAGCCAUUUUUCCAUGGACAUGACAAUUAUGACCAGUUGGUGAGGAUAGCCAAGGUUCUGGGGACAGAAGAUUUAUAUGACUAUAUUGACAAGUACAACAUUGAAUUAGAUCCACGUUUCAAUGAUAUCUUGGGCAGACACUCUCGUAAGCGAUGGGAACGCUUUGUCCACAGUGAAAACCAGCACCUUGUUAGCCCUGAAGCCUUGGAUUUUCUAGACAAGCUGCUGCGAUAUGACCACCAAUCACGGCUCACUGCAAGAGAAGCCAUGGAACAUCCCUAUUUCUACACUGUUGUAAAGGACCAGGCUCGAAUGAGUUCUUCUAGCAUACCAGGAGGCAGUACACCUGUCAGCAGCGCCAAUAUGAUGUCAGGGAUUUCUUCAGUGCCAACCCCUUCACCCCUUGGACCUCUGGCAGGCUCACCAGUGAUUGCUGCUGCCAACCCCCUUGGGAUGCCCGUUCCAGCUGCUGCAGGCGCUCAGCAGUAAUGGCCCAGUCUGUCUCCAGUUGCCUGAGCAGAGGUGGGGAAGUCCACUCUCUCCUUGAUGCAGUCUGCGCCUGGCGGGGAGGGGUGAAACACUUCAGAAGCACCGUGUCUGAACCGUUGCUUGUGGAUUUAUAGUAGUUCAGUCAUAAAAAUAUAUAUAUAAUAGGCUGAUUUUUUCUUUUUCUUUUUUUUUUAACUUGAACUUUUCAUAACUCAGGGGAUUCCCUGAAAAAUUACCUGCAGGUGGAAUAUUUCACGGACAAUUUUUUUUCUCCCCUUCCAAAUUCAGUUCUCAUCACUAAAGAACAAAGAUAAACCAGCCUCAAUCCCAGCUGCUGCAUUUGGGUGGAAAUUUCUUCCCAUUCCCACCAUUGCUCCCCCACCAUCCUACACUUUGGGGGUGUGUAUCUUGUGCUCUUCUCCAGAGAUGAUAAAAAUGUAGCUUCUCAAGGGAGGUGGGAAGAAGGAGGCAGAAAAGACCCAGUUGAUCUGUAAGAGCAGGGUACUGCUAGUCGCCUCACUUGACUUCAGGAGUGCUUCAGUGUAAUUGGCCUGGUUACUCUAGUAAAAUGUCAAGAUGUUGAAGAUAUACCCAAAGUGCAGACAGAUCCUAAAAACUUACGUUCAGUACGAAUCAUGUUUUAUUGACCUAGUCCUAAGCCCAGCUCACAAUUUUAGUUUAGUUUAGUUCCAAAUUGUGCUACCUUCCCUCCAGGCUCCCAUUUUGGUCUUUUCCCUGUUCAUCUCCCACCAUAGUGUGUUCCAUAGCUGAUAGGAGAGGGAAGGGAAGUAUCUUUUGACUUGGCCAUUUUAAAGUCAGUUAGUUACUGAGUAUAACAUUGCUUUUUACAAAAGAAACAUUGUCUCUAUAUAGGUUUCAUGCUACCAACUCUUAAGAGCUGAUGGGAGAUGUGGCCACACUGGGUUUCAUUUUAAGCUUUCUACCUUCUCUUGCUCCUGCCUUCUUCCCUCACAUGCCAUCCAAUGAGCAUGCCUGCUCCUUCACCUGGUAAAUGUAUCUGAGAGGCGGGAGCAGAGCCACUGUCUCCAGUGAAAUGGAAAUGGUAGACCUGUAAUUGUGGGAAACUAUCAACUCUCUUGUUACAACCCUGCCACCCCUUGCUGUGUGUAUAUAUAUAAUACUUUGUCCUUCAUAUGUGAAAGAUCCAGUGUUGGAAUUCUUUGGUGUAAAUAAACGUUUGGUUUUAUUUAUCAAG